AUUUAGAAGACAUAAAAACUCAAAUUCGGUAUUUUUUAAAAAAUCUUCGGAUUCUCUCUCUCUCUCUCUCUCUCUCUCUCUCUCUCUCUCUCUCUCGUCUUCUUCUCCGUUCGCUGGAUCUAGGUUUUGUUUGUUUGUUCUCUUCUCGUCUUCUUCACUCUCUGGGCUUUUAGAGCUCGUCUGGUUUUGGGAGUUUAACGAAUCUAGGGUUUUUCUUUUCUCUCGAUAAAAAGCCCGUCGGGAUUUUGGUUUCUGUAUUUUCGUCUGUCUUAGAUACAACGAUUCGCCAUUUUCUUUUGAUUUCUGAGAUUAUUUUCGGAGGUUUUGAGUUUCCAAGUUUUGUUCGUGUCGAUCGGCUUUUUCUAUCUCCGUCGAAUAAACUAGGGCAAAAUUUGAGUUGAUAACAUUGAAGAGGAUGCAACAAAAUCAAGUGAGGAAGGAUACGAAAGAGAUGGAGUUUUUCACAGAGUAUGGUGAUGCUAACCGUUACCGGAUUCUCGAGGUUAUUGGCAAAGGAAGCUAUGGAGUUGUGUGUGCAGCUAUUGAUACGCACACUGGGGAGAAAGUUGCUAUUAAGAAGAUUAAUGAUGUCUUUGAACAUAUCUCUGAUGCGCUUCGAAUCCUCCGCGAGGUGAAGCUUCUUCGGCUCCUGAGGCAUCCAGAUAUAGUGGAGAUCAAAAGCAUCAUGCUUCCUCCUUCUAAGAGGGAGUUUAAAGACAUUUAUGUUGUGUUUGAGCUCAUGGAAUCGGAUCUUCACCAAGUUAUUAAAGCUAACGAUGAUCUGACUCGCGAACACCACCAGUUUUUCCUCUACCAAAUGCUUCGUGCCUUAAAGUUCAUGCAUACAGCUAAUGUUUAUCAUCGUGAUCUUAAGCCAAAGAAUAUACUGGCAAACGCAAACUGCAAGUUGAAAGUUUGUGACUUUGGAUUGGCUAGAGUCUCGUUCAAUGAUACUCCUACAACGGUCUUUUGGACGGACUAUGUUGCCACAAGAUGGUACAGAGCGCCUGAGCUCUGUGGAUCUUUCUUCUCUAAGUACACUCCAGCUAUCGACAUUUGGAGCAUUGGCUGCAUAUUUGCAGAGGUUCGAAAUGAUAAAGCUAGAAAAUACUUGACCGAGAUGAGGAAGAAAAAUCCUGUCACCUUCUCUCAGAAAUUCUCCAAAGCAGAUCCUUUAGCGAUCCGACUUUUGCAGAGGCUGUUGGCUUUCGAUCCAAAGGAUAGACCAACUGCCGCAGAGGCAUUGGCUGAUCCUUACUUUAAGGGUCUUUCGAAAGUUGAAAGAGAACCUUCGUGUCAGCCAAUCUCGAAGAUGGAGUUUGAGUUUGAGAGACGAAGGUUGACAAAGGAAGAUAUUAGAGAACUAAUUUACAGGGAAAUACUGGAGUACCAUCCUCAGCUGCUCAAGGACUACAUGAGCGGAUCUGAGGGAUCAAAUUUUGUUUAUCCUAGCGCCAUAGGACAUCUUAGAAAGCAGUUCACGUACUUAGAGGAAAACAGCAGUAGAAGUGGGCCGGUGAUACCUCUCGAGAGGAAGCACGCGUCGCUUCCUCGGUCUACCGUUCACUCCAGUGUAGUCCAUUCCACCAUUCAACCCAACAUGUGUGCGACAGAGAGUAGACGUGUUUCUUUCGAGCCUUCAAGGAAUGGAGAAGUUUCUGCAGGACAUGCAUCAACUUCCUCAUAUCCAACUAAAUCUUUAGGACCACCACCAAGAGCACCACCUCCAUCAGGUAGACCAGGUCGUGUUGUGGAAUCAUCUGCAACUUAUGAGAAUGGUAGGAACCUCAAGGAAGCUUAUUUCAGAAGUGCGGUAUCAUCUCCUCACUGCUACUCUCGAGGAAACACCACGAGCCACAGCAACGUAGAAGCUUCUUCUCAGCCAAAACCGCACCAGUUCAACCCCACCGCGCCGCCGCCUGCUGCUACUACUAACCAAACGAACGUCGAGAUUACGAACCACCCAAACCCUUAUUUUCAAUCACAGCUCCCCAAGAUAGAUCAGUUAAGCAACAGCAACACACAUAUGGCCAUUGAUGCUAAGCUGUUGCAGGCGCAAUCACAGUUCGGUCCAGCGGGAGCAGCAGCGGUUGCGGUAGCGGCACACCGGAACAUUGGCACAAUUAGUUACGGCGCAGCAUCGUAGACUCAUCAAACAAACAGCAUUUUCAGACACAUCUUUAACUUACAUCACCCUCCAAAUCCAGGCAACGCGAAACCAGGUGAUUCCGGUCUCGGUCUCUUUAUGUAAGUAUUAUUCAGCCAGGCUCUGAUUUAAACAACUUUGCAGUGAUAUUAAUAAAAGACUUUCAGUUGUAACUCACCAGAACAAGAUCGCUUAGAUCAGUCUGAUCCCGGGUUAUCACCGGUGAUUGUUUCGGUUAUCUUGUUUGCUCCAUAGUCUUUGAAUUUGUUAUAAGCGUAGUUCAUCGAAGAGAAGAAAACCGUCGUGAUUAUAUACUUCUUAAACUUCAAGAUCGGUCCCAUUACUCCUUAAUUGUUCUUCAACAAUGAUGAAUCUCUUUGUCUA